AUGGGAGGAAAAAAAUCGAAGGAGCCCACAAGCGAGGACAUGAAACGUGUAGGAAGAAAGAGUGCAGCCUGUGAGGAAACCCUGACAUCAUCUGACAGGAUCCGCAAGCACAUUGUGAUGCAAUUUGGUUACAAGGUGCUGAGCUUGGCUCGACAACAUAUGAUUGCACCUCCUGGUGAGUUAUGGGAGCUAACAGAACUGCAGAAGCUUAAUUUGUCCCUGAACUGCUUAUGUUUCUUGCCUUCAUCUGUGGUGCUGCUUGAGAACCUGGUUGUACUUAAUUUGUGGGGUAACCAGCUCACCAGUCUGCCCCCUGAGAUCGGGCAACUUGAAAACCUGAAGGUGCUCUUUGCAUACCACAACCAUCUGACUGAUGUCCCUGCGGAGCUAGGCUCCUGUUUAAAGCUGGAGGUCUUGAGCUUGGCAAACAACCAACUCACAAGUCUCCCGGAUAGUCUCUCUGCGCUCACAAACCUGCAGAAGCUCAACCUGAGCCAUAACAAUAUUGUGUAUAUCCCAGCAUGUGUAUAUGCCAUGAAAAAGCUGGUCUUUUUGCAUGUUGCCUGUAACAGGCUGGAGAACAUUGCAGAGCAUAUCCAAGCACUGGCUGAUCUAAAGACCCUCAUUAUGGAAGAGAACUCUAUUCAUUGUCUGCCAAAGAUGCUCUGCUGUCUGACCAAGUUAGAACUGCUCAAUGUGGAUUAUAAUGACAUUCAGAACGUUCCUACUGAAAUGCACCAGCAACAGGCUGGGAAACUAGCUUCUCACCCACUGGAUAAAGGACUUCAUAUCAUACAUAACCCUCUGUUCAAGCCAAUUAAAGAGGUGUUAGAUGAAGGUCUCCAGGCUCUUUAUAACUAUCUCAAGGCCAACUGA